CACCGAUAUGGCAACUAAAAUGACAAGGACUUUUUCUUAAGUGGGCACUGUGAGUGACGCUCAGUCACGAAACAUUUGUGAAUGAAAAGUCAUGUUGGGGAGACGAUCCCCGGCUGUGAUGACGCACGGGGAGUGAUGCUGAUGGGGUGAGGUGCGCGGAUGAGGAUGUUUCGGGGUGGUGGUGGUGGUGUUGGUGUUGGUGGUAGGGGGGCACACGAGGCAAAGUGGAUCGGUGAGGAAGCAGUGAGUCAUUUGGAAGGCUUUUCAGCGUUAUCUGGAGAGACUCUGGAGCACAUGAAGGUCGGGCGUUCAUCCCGCCCGAUGAGAGGACUCUCCCCGCGGCGAGCGCACUUCUCCUCCCGCCGUCACAGCCGCGUCCGAGGGUAGAAGCCAAAGUUACGGCGCUGUGUCGCGUUGUGUUGAAUCUGAAUCCGUCUCUGGACUUCUAUCCUGAAGAGCCUGGAUAUUGACGACUGCUGACCUGCAGCUUCACCCAGAGGAGUGUUCUCUCACUCCAAUUUUUAAAGCCUCUUUUGUUUUGAUUUGUUUUCCCAAACUGACGUUUUUAGUCGCUAGAAGAUGCAAAGAUUUUCCUAGAUGUGAACACCCAUCUGUGUCUCUCGGCUAUAAUGCUUCUCUAACAGCGUUAUUUCAACCAGUGGCACAAUCACAGACAGUUUUGACAUCACUAACCUUUUCAAGAUGGAUUACCUAAUUUCAACAAAAUAAAUUUUGGUCUGCAUAUAUUAUACCUCUCUCUCUGUGCUUAUGCAUGCCAUCUGGAGUUUUAUUUUUUUUGUGAUGCUUGUAAUGGCUUAUUUGCCCGAGGCAUCAUAAUUCAAAUAAUGUUGUGACAAGACUCACUGAAGGUGAUCAGUACUCCACUGGCUGAUAUGAGAAUGCUCUGAUCUCCCUUUGCUAAGCUAAAUAAAACAGGUGGGUGUUACAGUGCACCUGCGCAGGACAAGGUUGGGCAUCAGCUUCUUACUGGAAUCGAUGCUUCCUGUGUUGGACAACAUGACUCCACCUCCUCUAACGCACAACUGCUCAAACUGCAGCCAGGUUUCAGUGCCGCAGCUCAAUGUGGCCAAGGCUGUGCUUCUGGGCCCGAUUCUGGGUGUCUUCAUAGCGUUUGGGAUAGUGGGAAACAUCCUGGUAAUCCUCUCCGUGGUCUGCCACAGACACCUGCGGACGGUCACCCAUUAUUUUAUAGUUAAUCUCGCAGUGGCCGAUUUGCUGCUCAGCUCCACUGUACUGCCCUUUUCUGCCAUUUUGGAGAUUGUGGACCGGUGGGUGUUCGGACGGGUCUUUUGCAACGUUUGGGCCGCCGUGGACGUGCUCUGCUGCACUGCUUCCAUCAUGAGCCUCUGCGUGAUCUCCGUUGACCGCUACAUUGGAGUCAGCUACCCUCUGCGCUACCCCUCCAUAAUGACAAAGCGCCGGGCGCUGCUGGCGGUGAUGCUGCUGUGGGUCCUCUCCAUCGUCAUAUCCAUCGGACCUCUGUUCGGCUGGAAGGAGCCGGAGCCCGAGGACGAGUCCAUCUGCAAGAUCACCGAGGAGCCCGCUUACGCUAUCUUCUCUGCGGUGGGCUCUUUCUACCUCCCUCUGGCCAUCAUACUGGUCAUGUACUGCCGGGUUUACGUGGUAGCUCACAGGGAGAGCCGUGACCUGAGAGAGGGCCACAAAACGGAACACAAAAAGUCCGAUUCAGAGCGGGUGACACUCAGGAUACACAGAGGCAACGCAAGCGUUUUGGAGGACGAGGCUCUUCGGAGCCGCACGCAUUUUGCCCUGCGACUGCUCAAGUUCUCGCGCGAGAAGAAAGCAGCCAAGACCUUGGGCAUCGUGGUCGGCUGCUUCGUGUUGUGUUGGUUGCCGUUUUUCCUGGUGCUACCCAUCGGCUCCAUCUUUCCCGAAUACAGACCUUCAGACACCGUCUUCAAGAUCACUUUCUGGCUCGGUUACUUCAACAGCUGUAUCAACCCCAUCAUUUACCCGUGCUCCAACCAGGAGUACAAGAAAGCUUUCCAAAGUUUACUCUGGGUUCAAUGUCUGAGAAAGACCCCCAGGCCGCACCACCAUCAUCUGAGUGCAGCUCAGAGUCAAAGCCAGGGUCACAGUCAGCAACUCUCUCUGGGACUGGACAGCAGGGGGGCGCCCUGUCGGCUCAGCCCAUCCUCCUCCAUGGCCCUGUCCAGAACGCCCUCCUCCAGGGACAGCAGGGAGUGGGGUGUCUUCCCCGGGGGUCCCGCAGGUGGAUCGGGACCAGCCAGGACGAGGAGGGACAAGGUGGCCAAACUCUGCAGUAAAAGCUUCGAUCGGGCCUGCUGCUGCGUUUUCAGCGCUGGGAUUCCCCCGCAGGAGUCGAACUCCGCCCAAGCGCCUCCGGUCGGAGACCUUCCCACCAUUAAAAUCCACCAACUGUCCCUGUCAGAAAAAGGAGAGCCUGUAUAGCCACUAUAAUCCGUCAUCCAUUAGUCAUUAAUCCUCUUUCAAUGUCACGGUUGAAAAUAUAUUUUGUUUUGAAUUGUUGAAUAAUUUGCUUUGGAUGGUGGCUGCUUUGAAAUAUUAUAUUUUUAAAAGUCUCAGCUUCAAUAACAUUUUGUGACCUUUCCUGGACAUAUGAUUCUCAGAAAAAAGAAAAAUAUAUAUAUAUGUAUUUAUCAGACACAUUUUAUUUUAACGAUUUGAGAUGCCUCUUUGCUUUUUACAGAAUACAGCUCUGGAGGGAUGAAAAGAAAGUUAAUGUGUAUGACAUUUUUAAAAAGUGGUGAAAAAGAAAUCCCUGCGGGGGAUAAAAAGAAGAAAAACAAAAGAUUACAAAAUGUUUACACGUUUUACAUUACUGAAGAACAGUAUAACAUCACAUAAAUGUAUAAUAAUGUUAAUCGGACAAAUAUACAAUUAGCAUAAUUUCUCCAUUUAAAAACAAAUGCUGCUCAGUGGUGCUCCCGUUAUUUCCAAAGUUUGCCUAAUGCUGUUCCUGUUGUAUAAAUAAUGUUUGUAAACUGCUCUGUACGAGUCAAAACUACGGACUUUGCUGCUCCCACGUCACGUUACAAUAAAUUUGUAUGACAUAUUCCUAAAAAAAGGAAUUCACGGGGA